AUGUCUGGACGUGGCAAAGGCGGGAAGGGCUUGGGUAAAGGGGGCGCCAAGCGCCACCGCAAAGUCCUGCGGGAUAACAUUCAAGGGAUCACAAAACCUGCAAUCCGUCGCCUGGCUCGUCGCGGUGGAGUAAAGCGCAUCUCAGGUCUUAUUUAUGAGGAGACCCGCGGGGUUCUGAAAGUGUUUCUGGAGAACGUAAUUCGGGACGCGGUCACCUAUACCGAGCACGCCAAGCGCAAGACUGUCACGGCCAUGGACGUGGUCUACGCGCUCAAGCGCCAGGGACGCACUCUCUACGGAUUUGGCGGUUAAGUCGGCACCCACAAACUAAUUUUCUGUAGCAAUGCCCAAGGCCCUUUUCAGGGCCACCUAACUACUCGCUUGAAAGAGCUCGUUGCCCUGAACUGGUGUUUUCAGGUUU